CCCGCCCCCUGGUUUAUGCUGGUCAUGUGGCCUCCUCCACUAUUUGGAUUCAGGGCUCGGGCAGGCGGGGUUGAGAUGGCGGACAAUUGCAAACCUGUGUUUUUUGAGAAAGAAUCAUGCGGCUGAUGUAAUUUUCAGCGAUUCCAGUGAUUUCUCUGCACUUGAUUCCAAACACGACAUGGAGGUAACGUCUGACGGAGAUGCGGCGGAACGCAAGCGGGAGCUCUGGAAGUUGUUGUCCAGCCUGAAGACCACAGUGGAGGGCCUCCUGUCUACAAACAACCCCAAUGUUUGGUCCCGCUAUGGCGGCCUACAGCGCCUGCACAAGGACAUGAACAAUAUUCUCAGUCAUGGACUGAAGAAUGAGCAGGUGUAUUACAGGCAGAGAGACUACUGGCCGUUUGUCUGGUGUGUCCGUCAAAUAAGCCCUCACCUUGCCUCACACGUCGAACAGUUCAGUCAGCUGGAGCCGGUACUGAGCAGCAGGGUGCAGAGUGCCGGUGAAAGCUACAAGGCAGAGCGCUGGUUGCUUUACAGCUUGCAGGUCCACAUGCUCUCGGCUCAGCUCAAACCUCUGCUCAGGCAUCAGGGACAUACAAGAAAAUACUACAAUGAAGAUGCCUUCUUGCUCAGUGAGCCGCAUGUCACCGCCAUGUUCCAGUGUCUCGAAGCUGUGGAACAAAAUAACCCCAAACUGCUGGCCCAAAUAGAUACAGUGGGGCUGUCCCCGCUCAAGAUUCCGCCGUGCCUCGGCCUCUUGAAGAGCCAGAGCCUGUGUGUUUUGCCCGGCAUUGGCGAGCCCUGGAGAAGUGCUGAAUCGACACCCAUAAAAGAGCCUCUAAACCGGAGGCUCACAGCAUCCCACUGCUCACUUAGAGAUGUGGCUGCCACGAACACCAACGACAACAUGAUAGGCGUUGGAAACAGCUCGAAUACUACCUCACAAUCCAGCAGCCUAGGUCCUCCCUGGGUGUGUCUGACCAGGCCGGAAGAGAGUGAGCGGGGUGUGACGCCUCCUCAAGGACAUGCGUCCAUACCCUCCAUCUCUCUUUCAGAGUCUCCUUCACCGUCCUCCCCACAGCCUGACACGGGAGAUUCAGGUGAUGGCGAAUACGACGACGGUCCAGAGUACCUGGCCAUCGGUAACCUGGGCCAACGAAGUCGCCGCGACACCCAAAGCUCUACACACAGCUCCACGCACAGCGAGCCCACCAAGAACAAGGACCGGUCCCUGCAGCCAGGUUCUCUGGCUCUACCGCCACUCAGGCGCUCGUCUUUCUCAGAGGGCCAGCGAGAGCUCAACAGAGGGGUUCGAGGACACACCCGCUCAUUUUCUGAUACGGGAAUCACUCAAAAACUCAGGACAGAAACGAGGAGCGAAGACUGCUGCAUUAAGGAGUUCAACCCUUUCUCACCUCCGUGCAGUGACAUAAGCACGCCCACUUCCCUUUACAUGGAAUCUCAUCCGUCCCAGUACAGCAAGACAGCAGAUGGUUUGUUCAGGAAGCCAUCAAAAGGCCAGAGCCUCAUCAGCUACUUGUCAGAGCAGGACUUUGGCAGCUGUGCUGACCUUGAAAAGGAGAACGCUCACUUCAGCAUCUCAGAGUCCCUUAUUGCAGCCAUCGAGCUGAUGAAGUACAACCUGCGGCGUCAGCAGGAGGAGGGUGAAGAGGAAGGAGACAGCGACUCUGAGAUUCAGCAGCUCAAGCAGAAGAUCCGCUUGCGAAGGCAGCAGAUCCGUCGCAGCCGCCUGCCCCCCUGCACAACGCCCCACCACUUGUUUCAUUCAACGGAUAGCAGCGGUUCAAGGAGGAGCUCCCAGGACUCCCAUCAGGGCCUAUCCGACUCCGACUCUGCAGAGGAGGUGGAGGAGUGUGAAUUACGGGAUGGCUGUGAGGGUCACUCCCUGCUGGCGGUGUCUCAGAAUGGCCUCUCCUUGUCACUUGCCUCCCUCUUCUCAGAAGCAGACAUAAAGCGCAGCGUAAGCACCAGCAAGUCUUUUCUGAGCUCAGAUUCCAUUUCCACCUCCUUCCUUCAAUCCAACUCAGCCGAGUCAGUCGCCAUGGGUUUGCUCCGACAGUUUGAGGGCAUGCAGCUUCCGGCCGCUUCCGAGCUUGACUGGCUGGUUCCAGAACAUGAUGCCCCACAGAAACUGUUGCCCAUCCCAGACUCACUUCCCAUCUCUCCUGAUGACGGUGAGCAUGCAGACGUCUAUAAGCUAAGGAUUCGGGUACGAGGGAACUUGGAGUGGGCGCCGCCCCGACCACAAAUUAUCUUCAACAUUCACCCUCCACCAAAGAGGAAGAUCAUCGUGGCGAAACAGAAUUACCGCUGUGCUGGUUGUGGGACUCGCAUUGACCCAGAUUAUAUUAAAAGACUACGUUACUGCGAGUACCUCGGGCGUUACUUCUGCCAGUGCUGCCAUGAAAAUGCGCAAGUUGUGGUUCCCAGUCGAAUUCUGAUCAAGUGGGACUUCAGCAAAUACCAUGUGAGCAACUUUGCCCGUGACUUGCUGAGCAAGAUUGCUGGAGACCCACUCUUCAAUCCGAAUGACAUCAACAGCAACCUUUACAAGAAAGUUAAAGCUCUGGAGUCUGUUAGGGUUUUAAGAAUGCAGCUGUUUCAUAUGAAAACUCUCUUCAAGACAUGUCGCUUUUCAAAAGAGGUUCUCGAGCAGUUUGACAGUCUGCCCUGUCACCUGACGGAGGACCUGCACCUUUUUUCCCUGAAUGACCUUCUGUCUGUGCGCAAUGGAGAAUUGACCCCCCGAAUGAAGGAGUUACUUAAACUCGGCACUGUGCAUGUAGCAGGCUGCGUGUUGUGCCAGGCAAAGGGCUUCGUGUGUGAGUUCUGUGGCAACGAGAAAGACAUCAUCUUCCCCUUCCAACUGAGCAAGUGCCAACGCUGCGAAGGUGAGCCCUCUCUGCUGGUAGCCAGCCUGGGCGGCCUACGAGUGCCCUCUCGUCUGAGCUCAGCUCCCGCUAUCUGGAUAGACUGGAAAAUCUCCAAACCUCGUAGGCUGGCAAGGGCCCUCUCCAAGGAUCGCAGGGAGGGCGAGGGGGGGGAGGAGAAUUUGGAUUUGUCCGAGGGUGCGGACAGCGAGGACCAAGAGGAAUCGACAGACCAAAUAGAAGAGAGAAUGGAAAAAGCAGGAAUAUUUCAUCAUUUCUCUCCUGGAAAAUUUAUCAAAGCUUUUACCUGGCACCACGGACAUGAAGUUGAGCAGGAGGUGACAGAAGAAAGCGAGUCUGAGAAUGAGAGCGAGAAAGAGCAUGACAAUAGAAACGAGGAAAGAGAUGAGGUUUUCAGCAAAGGUGGGUCUAAGAGUGAGGAAGGGGAAGAGGAUCAUGCUAAAAAAAACAGUUUACUUAAAGUUCUCCACUUAGAGCGACUGAAGCAGAGUCUCUCAAAGAGUAACAAAAAGAACAGUGACAGCGAGAUGUGUAGCAGCCAGGACAGUUUAGAGGAACUGGGAACAGGCCAAGGGAGGAAGGACAGAUGGUUCGGACGUCUACGCCGGACCUUCUCUAAAGGUGAGGGCAUAACAGAAGCCAAAGAAGAAGUAAAACAUGAAGAGCCUGAGCGAGUAUUGUCUGAGCCAGUAGGGGGCAGUAUGGAGAUGGCAAAGGGGGGAGACGUUAGAGAAGCUGAGGCGAAUAUGGGAAAAGUGGAGAAAGUGACAGACAAAGACAGCGGCAAUAAGGAUGACAGACAAGUGGAUUCAGUCCCCAUUCAAACCAACUGGCGAGCUCGAAAGACUCGCAGAGCCCGCCGAGUCACAAGAAGCAGACAGACCUGUGAGGGGAGCGAGGGGGAUAGCAAGAUGACGGGGGCCGCUGAAAAUGAUGUUCAUGGAUGAGAAAGAACAGAAUCAUUCAUACCCUGGCCAUAUUUUGAGUGACUGAUUUCAUUUGGUGACUGGAUUUUAUAAAGUUUAUUUUCCAUUUUUUUAAACCAAUGAAACAGUUCGGGGCUCUCUUAUUUAUUGUGUUUUGCUUUUUCUAUGUGGGAAGCAUUAGACCAGAUAUUUUUAAAUUACUUUCUGAAAGAUAAAGCAAGUUUACUUUUUUUAAUUGGGCAUUUUUCAAUACGGCAAAGUUGCAAUAACACACAGAUUUACAAAAAUGGUUUGAAAUUUUAAGGUAAAGGUAAGUUGUCAUCUUUUAGAUGCUUCCUUAUUCACUGUUAGGUCGUCAUUUCAGUUCUUCUGUCGUGUGGUAGUUUUCCAUUUCCCAACUCUCAGCGCUUUGGUGGUGGAGGAUUAUUAGAUUUUGGUCACAUGGCUAGUGAAUGCGCAGGUUGUGGACUGGCAAUAUUUUUGGGCAUUUUUUGACUUGAGGUGGCGUUGUGCUCAUUUAGGCUGCAGUGUCCUCCAUUUCCUUGCCUUCAGGCUUUUCCUUUUCCAGGUAGCUGUGUGUUUUAAGGAAGCCAAGACUUAAACAUUAACAUUGGAGCGCAUUUCCAAAUAUGUUAAAGAGGAGUCAACAUCCUGUAGUCUUGCCAAAAGAAAGUCUUCAACAUAUUGUUGAUAUCCUAUGCAAAACAAGUAUGAACAUCUCUACAGUGAUUGAAUAUGAUUGAAAUAUAUGUACUUGACAAGUCAAUGCCAUUUGAAAGUAUAAUCAAGGUCUUAUUUUUUAGUAAUCACUUAGAAGUCUAUAACAGGCUCUUCAGACACCACUUUUUAACAAAACCAACGAAAGGGCUAAUUUACACGAUUGUGUGCUCAAUCCCUCUGUCAGAUAAUGACUUUAGCGAUGCGUAGUGUGACAUGCAGUACUUGUCGAAAUGCGGCAUUUGCUGAAAACUCAACAGGGCGUGAAAAGUGAGACACAGGUUAAACCUAUUAAAAUCCCAUAAACAGCAAGCACCCUCUGUUAUAGCUGUUAUAUAACGGUGUCUAAAGAUCAGAAUGGUGACACAGAAAGAGAUGGAAAAAUGGCGGCUUGAAAGGGCCAAAUAUUUACUUCUUCAUUUCACUUAGAACAUUUCCUAGCAUGUUGCACUUUUAUUCAAUACAACUGUUUGGUAGUGUCUCAAUCAUGAAGAUUUAUGUUUAUUUUAGUUUGAAUGUUGAGUUUGAAUUUUUUUUUCUAUUUUUGCAUUCCCAUGCUGUUUGAGCUUCAUUCCACAUGAACAUGAAAUAAACACCUCUUAGAAUCUU